GCGGCGGGAGCUCCGUCGCGCGGUGCGACUGCGGGAGGGAGAGGUAGGUUCUCCGGUUCCGGGUCAGGCACUCUCCCACCGGCCGAGGGGCUUCUCCUCUCCAUGGCGAGCGGCGGCGGGGCGGGCGCGGCGGCCUCGGCCAACCUGAACGCGGUGAGGGAGACCAUGGACGUUCUGCUUGAGAUUUCAAGGAUUUUGAAUACCGGUUUAGACAUGGAAACACUGUCUAUUUGUGUACGGCUUUGUGAACAAGGAAUCAACCCAGAAGCCUUAUCAUCUGUUAUUAAGGAGCUUCGCAAGGGUACUGAAGCGCUGAAGGCUGCUGAAAAUACAAGCUGACUUCCGGGGAAGUCCCAGUGAGAUAUGUCAAGCUCAGCAAGAAAAUAUGACGAUUACAUUGUAGUCAAUUUGUACAAGGAUUACAAGUAUAAUUUGCAGAAAAAUUUUGUGUGUCAUUAUUUUUACCAUUAAAGCUUUACCUCAUCAAAUGAUGCUUCAAAAAUAAUGAUAGUAUUGAUUCUGUUCCUGUUACAGAAUCUCAGUGGAAUAUUUUCACAAGCUUAGUAUGGAUUUUAAUCUUAAUUUUUUUGUUUCUUAAAUUUUAUUUUUAUUUUUUUAACUUUAGACAAUCAGAAGUGGUUUUAAAAAGAUUUAGGAAUUAAGUAGCUACCCUCUCUGCUGCUGUUAAACUAAUCUCAUCUGUUGAUCAGUACUUCUGGCUGUCAGAAGGCUGAGACAGAAGAAUUGUGACUCGCAGGCCAGCUUGGGCU